CUUUCGCUGCCGCUGUUCCCGCUGCUGCCGUUGAGUUGUGAGGAGCUUCGCGGCCGUCCCCACUGGCCACCAUGUCCGCCCAAGCGCAGAUGCGGGCCCUGCUGGACCAGCUCAUGGGCACGGCUCGGGACGGUUCAGUGUAUCUUUGCCUGCCUACAUCAAUCUGCAAGGGAGUUGCAGAAAAGCCUCAUGUUCAUCGAGCCGAGAUGAAACCAGACAGAGGGUCAAGUUUACAGAUGACCGUGUCUGCAAGAGUCACCUUUUGGAUUGCUGCCCCCAUGACAUCCUUGCUGGGACGCGCAUGGAUUUAGGAGAAUGUACCAAAAUCCACGACUUGGCCCUCCGAGCAGAUUAUGAAAUUGCAAGUAAAGAAAGAGACCUGUUUUUUGAAUUAGAUGCAAUGGAUCACUUAGAAUCCUUCAUUGCAGAGUGUGAUCGGAGAACUGAGCUUGCCAAGAAGAGGCUGGCAGAAACUCAGGAAGAGAUCAGUGCAGAAGUUUCUGCAAAGGCAGAAAAAGUGCAUGAGCUGAAUGAAGAAAUAGGAAAACUCCUUGCUAAAGCAGAGCAGCUAGGAGCUGAAGGAAAUGUGGAUGAAUCUCAGAAGAUCCUUAUGGAAGUGGAGAAAGUUCGUGCAAAGAAAAAAGAAGCAGAGGAAGAAUAUAGAAAUUCUAUGCCUGCAUCCAGUUUUCAGCAGCAAAAGCUUCGUGUCUGUGAGGUUUGUUCGGCUUAUCUUGGUCUCCAUGACAAUGACCGUCGUCUAGCAGACCACUUCGGGGGCAAGUUACACUUGGGGUUCAUUCAGAUCCGAGAGAAGCUUGAUCAGUUGAGGAAAACUGUGGCUGAAAAGCAGGAAAAGAGAAAUCAGGAUCGCUUGAGGAGAAGAGAGGAGAGAGAGCGAGAGGAGCGCCUGAGCAGGAGGUCUGGAUCAAGAACCCGCGAUCGCAGGAGGUCACGAUCUCGGGAUCGACGACGGAGGCGAUCUAGAUCUACCUCCCGAGAGCGACGGAAGUUUUCCCGUUCCAGGUCCCGAGAUAGACACCGGCGCCAUCGCAGUCGUUCCCGGAGCCACAGCCGGGGCCACCGCCGGGCUUCCAGGGACCGGAGUACAAAAUACAAGUUCUCCAGGGAGCGCUCAUUGAGAGAGGAAUCCUGGGAGUACGGGCGGAGUGAGCGAGGGCCCACUGACUGGAGGCUGGAGAGCUCCAAUGGCAAGACUGCAUCGCGGAGGUCGGAGGAGAAGGAGGCUGGCGAGAUCUGAACCUGGCUCUGGCACUGUAAAUAGUCUGACAAAUGUUCAGCACAGCCUAAAUUACCCUUUAUAUUUGCUGGAUACAACUCAUCUUUUGUAGUUAAAAUUUCUAUUGUUUGGCCCUAGCUGUGAGUUUCUAGAGUUGUUCAGAGCUGCUCCUGUGUUUGGGGUUAUGUUGUAUAGGAACAAAUAAAUUUGGCGGCUGCCUCAUGACAGCUGUGUUGGGGUGUGUGCUGUCCUCUACUCUAGAGGCACUUCACUAGGACCCUGCACCUGUGGAGAUAAAGGCUGGUGUUGCCAUUACCUUAGGAAACUGUCCAGAUGUCUGACCACUUUAACUUUAGCAUCCUAUGUGCCAGGGCACUCCAACACACUUAACUGAGCCAGAUAUUUGUGACUUCUCUGCCUGGCUCACAUGCUGCGUCUCAGCUACUCAAUGCAGACCAUAGAGCCGGCUCUGGGUGUGAGGGGGCGGCCAUACUGCACACUCAUUUCCUUAGGGAGAGCUAUAGCUAUCGCAACCUUAGCUUAGGGAAGCAGUUCCACUUAGAUGGGAAAAAAGACAUAGAUGGCCUCUAACUGCCACUCAGGAGGUCCUUGGGAAAGGCUUGCGGCUUAGGUCAGGUAUCUUGGGUGGCUUACUCUCAGGGUGGACUUAUUGUCAACCCCUGAGUAUAUGUUGUUCACAGAGGACCAAUGCCUUAAGACCAAAGUGAAACCUAAAUAGAAAGGAUAUCUGAAUAGGAGCUUCUUCCCUUCACUUCUUGGGGGGGGGGGAGUUAGAGUUUGUUUUCAGAAGGAGCUUUAUUUGGUUGUGUUAAACAUAAAAGCUUCCCCUCUCCCUGCCAUGCUUGUAAAAGUUUAGGUGCUGUCUUGAACUGUUGGUUUGAUGGUCACACAUAGGAUCUUGAGAUCUUGUAGUGUGGCUCCUGGUGCUGCCCUGGGUUCUCUUUUACAGAGGAUGUGUGUGGGUACUUGCUAUGCUGGUGUGUGAAACAGACUUUACCUUGUCAACUGUCUCCAUACGAAAGAAGGUAGGGUAGAAUAUCUGUGAAGGACCCACUGGGUCUCAGUGCUAUGCACAGGUGCCAUUGUAGGUUUCAUCUCUAGCCCCUUGGCCUUUAGGUGGGAAUCAGUUUAGCUCUGCUCUGCUGUCUUCCUGGAGUAAAACUGUACCUGGUCCCAGGUAAAAAUUUUGACUAGCUGUGGACUCUUACUAGGAACAUUUUGCUUCCUGGACUCUUUGGGAGCUUACCUGGACAGUUCUCCUCAGAGCCAACAUCAGCAUGUCUGGUUUGGAUCCUUUUCUGUCUACAUAUAAAACAACUAUUUUGUUUUAUCAGGGUGUAAAGUUACUAAAAACAUUUCUGUGCCCUGGCCUUUGGUACCCACAGAGGAUAAUUUCUGGGCUCAUGUGGUAGACUGCAGCUACUGGGGUACAGUAGGCAGACCCUCUGCAUAAGUAGAAUCCUUUGGGUGGUCAGUGUCCCUAGAGUUGCAGAAAGACUGCUUGCUUCAGUCUCUUAUGGAGACUUUACCAAGUUUGUAAGGUUUUUGUUUGUUUGUUUGUUUGUUUUGGGUUGUGUGGGGGGAACAAUCUUGCCCUGUUAACCAUGCUAUUGAACUUCAGGGCUCAAGAUAUUCGUGUUUCUGUUCCCAAAUAGCUGGCACAGUUGACUGUGCCAACACAUCUGGAUGCUUUGUUUUAUUGUUUUGUUUUGUGAUUGUUGUUGGGCUUUUUGUUUGUUUUUCUAGACGGGGUUUAUGUGAAUAUUCUGGAACCUAUUUUACAGAACCAAUUGGCCUCAAACUCAAAGAUCUGCCUACCUCUGUCUCCUGAUGUUUUGUUUUCUUAAUUGGAAUUUUCAUGGAGAAAGGGAACUAGGACAGAUGACCAGAGAUUUGUUGUGUGUGUUUGUGGGGGUGGCUCAGGCCAUUAUGCAAAAAGUUAUGGGAUCUACUAUAUGCAACCUGAGGGCCCCAGGUACUGAUUAGGUUCCAGGCCCAAGAAUUUGAAGAACCAGUAGUUUUCAUCCUGGCCCUUUGUGAAGCCCAACAACCAAUACCAUCCACAGGCCAGGGCAUAGGAGAGAAGGUGGACGUCCAGCUCAGAAAGAGGAUAUAUGCCCUUCUUGGAUCCUGUUAUUCCUUCCAGAUCCUUGGUGCAUGGGUGAUACCAGUGUAUUGGGCAGGGAGGUCCUGUCUUUGGCUGGUGAUUCUAAUGCUUCUCAAAUCCACACUUUUUCCCAUGUCAUAUAAUGUGUGUCAUGCAUGUGCUUUGGGGGAUGAUUUUACAGGUUUUUUUUUUUUCUUGCUUAUACAGGACAUAGAUUACUUUACAGGUUCUUGCACUUGUUCAUACAGGACAUAAUUUGCCUUAUGUUGAGUAAGAACUGAAGGACAUGGAUGUGCAGGACAUAUUCCUGUGCCUGGGACAUAGCAAAUAGGGCAGCAGGUUAAAAUCAGGUUUCUGUGAUGACCAUGAUUGAUUUUAAGGCAGGAAGAAGGCAUUAUCUUCUCUCUGAAAUCAGAUGAAAACAGGGUUUAGUAGCCCCUAGUCCCCUUGACUACAUGAGCAGCACUUGUACUGGGGACCCUAUUUCUAUCCUAGGUGGCCUAUCAGUGAAUUAGGCCUAGCCAACAUGUAUCUGAAAAAAGUCAGGAGGAUGAAAGUGAAGCAUCCCUAGAGAGUGUCUGACCAAGGCUGCUCCUGCAGUUAGAGAAACUGUGAUACUGUUAUUCUCUGAGGGAUAAAAGCUGCAGGUAUUUCCCAGAAUAGCCAAAUCUGGUCUCAAUAUUUGUGACGAAUAACCCUAGGCCUGCCAGGUUAGAGGCCUCUUGAAUCUCCAAAUGUCCCAUGGUCAUUUUAACAGGUUAAAAGACUGGACCUUUAUCAUAUUAACUUGGGGAUCUGUGACUCUUGGACCUUGACCCGUGUACUGGAAGGGUAAGCCCUUUGAACUCAGAGGACGUGAGAGAGAGGAGAUGCAGGAUAUGCCUCCUUAGAGAACGCAUCUCCGGUUCAGCAAUACUUGUUCACCUUGAUAGGGACCCCUCCAACAACAGCAGGGUCAGUUCGCCACUGGUUGUGAGCUUUAUUCUGUAGUUUGGUUUUGGGAUAUAUGAGCUCUGGAUUCCAGAAUUAGCUAUGACCUGGGAGCUUUAUGUUUCCCUGGGCUCCCAAGCCUUAGGUUUUUCCUACUUGGCAUGCAUUAUUAGAAUACACUGAAUUUUAGUGUGUGUUUUAUCUUUGUCAGUGUCCUCUUGAGUCGUUAAAACACUUACUAGGGUCUGCUUACUGCUGAAAUGAAAGCAAUUGCUUCUCAGAUAAUUCAGUGGACAGCUGUUGGGUGUCUUGACUCCUAGCACAUGUUCCUUUCAGAACAGUGACAUUUGUGGAAUGCCCGUGAUGUAUUCCCGAGACGACAGCAAAAUGCAACAAAGCUUUCUAUAUAAACCAUCAUUAUAGCCAUUUCUAAUGUGUAUGUCAGUGAUGUUUAUGUAUCCACAGUAUUAGUCAUCAUCACUGUUAGCAAGUUGCAGAAUGUUUUCAUCCAGACAGAAACUCCAGCCCACUCCCAAAACUAUUCAGCUCCUUCCUGAAGCCUUUGGCAAUCUGGAACCUGUUUUCUGUCCCUAUAGUUUGCUUAUUUGGAUAUUUCACAAACUUGGACUCAUGCACUGUAUGGCCUUUGGUGUGUUGGCUUCUGCUCAAGGUUUUUGCAAAACUCAGCGGCAUGAUGUAAUCUCGUUACUUUUAUGGGUAAAAAAAAUUCCAUUCUGAGUGUGAGCUACAUGUUUUUACUCACUCUGAUGGUUAAUAUCAACUUGAUGGGUUUUAGAAUCACCCCGUGAAUGUGUCUGUGAAGGUGUUUCCAGAGGUUUUAGUGAGAAGACCUACCCAGAUAUAGGCUGCAUUAUCCUAUACUCUGAGGUCCAAGACUGAAUAAAAAAGAGGAAAAGAGCUGAGCACCAGCCGUCAUCUCUGCUUCCUGACUGCAGAUGCAGUGUGACCAGCUGCCUUAAGUUCCUGCAACCGUGACUUCCCCACCACACAAGGACUGUACCCUUCUACUGUGAACCAAAAUAAAACUGCUU